UCACCCAAUGAUUGUCGAGUGAGGGCGGGGAGAGGGGGCUGUGCUGGGGGGCUGGAGGCGGCGCUGACUGGUGAUGAUUUUUCAGCACCACGGACAGCUACGGUCUCCUGUCUGUGGACUGCAGGGAGGAAACACAUCUGGAGUCAAACAGCUGACCCUCCCCGCCCCCCGUUCACAGCCUCACCCCUCACUCUGAACCCCCCCGGCUCUUCUCUUCGUCUCAAUCUUCUUUUUGUUUCUCACUGCUCGAAGUGUCUCCGUGUUUUUCCGGCCUGAGUGUGGACUGCAUUGCAUACGCGCCCCCUGUCUGUUCCCCCUCCUCCUCAUCCUGCUUCUGCCAACAGCGGUGCAGUGAAAAUACUUUUUUGGAACAGUGGAGUGGAUAGAUUCUUCUCUCUAAUAUUUUCGGUUUUUUCUUUUCUUUUCAAAUGUUCUUUUUUUCCCCCGUGAAUCCGUUCAUUCCGACCUGAGACCUCUGCUUUGGUCCCGAACGAUGUUAAGGUGUGGGAUUUUUCUCAAAACCCAGAUGUGGAUGUGAGGCGACUUCAGUCUCCAGGAGGAAGAUGAAGUUGAAUGAUCUCCGUGGCUGGUGCAUGCUCAGAGAUGAGAUAGGUUACCUGCAGCCGCAACAUUGGCUAUAAUCCUAAGAUCAGACGCAUUCCUUGUUGCAGACAACAGCCGUAGAGCAAGAUGAGGCACCGCUGUGACUUUCUAAAUUGCACCUAAGAGUGAAAGACAGAGGCUACUCUCUGCCCGCUGCGGAAAAGCCACGCUUUCCUUCUUUAUAGUCGCCUAAUCGAAUUGACUUCCCGCAUCAGAGAGGAGAGAGAGGAACUCAGGGAAAACAAAGAAAUCAGAGUGCUCUUCGACCCUCUCCAUCCCGAGUGUCCUUUACAGAAGGCUGGGCAGAAGAUGAAGAAGUUUCGGAAGGUUUUGGACGGUCUGACCACCUCCUCCCCCGGAGGUACCAUCGGAUCCCCAUCGUGCGGCAGCGCAGCAGGUACUCCCACCGCAGCGCCAACUCCCAGGGAAAUCGACGUCCAGGAGACGCUGGUGUCGGAAAACUUUCAGAUGUGUAAGACGGUACGUCAUGGAUUUCCAUACCAACCCACUGCUUUGGCCUUUGACCCCGUGCAGAAGCUCCUGGCCAUCGGCUCAAGAUCAGGGGGCGUACGGAUGUAUCCUUCUAACUUUCCUUAUCUCCCCCAUCUUCUCCCUUUUCCUCCCUCCUUAUUAGAGCUGUCAAGGGUCAAUGUGCAGAGAAAUGUUUGA